AAAACAAAACAAAACAAAAUGCAAACAAAAAAUUUAACCUGUCAAGCCACGUAAAGCGACGCAGGCUUUUUACGGCAGAGCUCAGGAAUCUCUAAUUCUUUCCGGAGCAGCCACAGACACACGUAGUCUUCGGCUGAGCCCAUGGGGUUCCAAUGAUUCAUGCAAGAAUAGAAGUUUUGGGGCUGGACCCGAGGAGGGGCCGGAGCCCAUGGGGAGAUGUUCUGAGUGGCCACGGGCAGCCCGAAUAACCUAGCCGCCUCGCCUCGUCAUCACGGCCCUGGCUGCCGGCCAAGCCCCGGGCAGAGUAAUGACUAACUGGGCUUCCUCCGGGAGGGCGGAAACAGUUCAACCUCUGUGACAGCUGCAGUCAGUUAGGCGUGGUUUUCUCGUCUGACUCGGGCUGUGCAGAUCCCGGCCUGAGGGGCAGAGGAAGGACAGCCUCGCCGCCAGAGUCUUCCAGAUGGCCGAGCUGGACCUCAUGGCUCCAGGGCCACUGCCUGGGAUCAGCGCUCACCCUCUGGCCACUGUCAGCCCAGACUCUGGGUCGGCCAGCCCGGCUGAAGAAGAGGACACGGGCUCCCUGGGGAGCCCCCAGGGGGAGCCAGAGGCACAGGACGGCGGCUCUGAAGGGCAGGGGGCUCCAGAUAGCGCUGCUGCUGGGGAGGAAGAGGAGGAGGAGGAGGUCCUAUGUGACUUCUGUCUCGGCACCUGCAGGGUGAAGGCGGUCAAGUCCUGCCUGACCUGCAUGGUGAACUAUUGUGAGGAGCACCUGCGGCCUCACCAGGAGAACAGCAAACUGCACAGCCACCAGCUGACCGAGCCCGUGAAGGACCGGGACCUGCGCACCUGCCCUGCCCACCGCAGCCCGCUGGUCGCCUUCUGCCGCCCCGAUGGGCAGUGCGUCUGCCAGGAGUGCGGCCAGGACGAGCACAGGGGCCACGCCUUGGUCUCCUUGGAUGCCGCCCGCAGGGACAAGGAGGCUGAACUUCGGGACACCCAGUUAGAGCUGGAACGGAAACUCAGGUUGAAUGAAAACGCCAUCGCCAGGCUCCAAGCCAACCACAAAUCCGUUUUGGUGUCAGUGUCGGAGGUGAAGGCGGUGGCCGAGGAGCAGUUUGGGGAGCUGCUUGCUGCCGUGAGGAAGGCCCAGACCGAGGUGAUGCUCUUCUUGGAGGAGAAGGAGCAAGCCGCACUGAGCCAGGCCAGCGGCAUCCGGACGCAUCUGGAGCACAGGAGCACACAGAUGGAGAGGAGGAGGCAGGAGCUGGAGAGCAUUGCCUCCAUCAGUAACACCGUCCUCUUCCUGGAGGAGUACUGCAAGUUUAAGAACACUGAGGACGGUGCCUUCCCGAGUGUUUACAUAGGACUCAAGGAUAAGCUCUCGGGCGUCCGCAAGGUCAUCACAGACUCCACCGUUCACUUAAUCCAGUUGCUACAGAACUACAAGGUCCAGCUCCAGGAUUUCUGCAAGGAAGAGGAAUAUGAUAUCAGAACUCAAGUGUCUGCUGUGGUCCAGCGCAAGUACUGGACCUCAAAACCUGAGCCCAGCACCCGGCACCAGUUCCUGCAGUAUGCAUGUGACAUCUCGUUUGACCCGGACACGGCCCACAGGUAUCUCCGGCUGCAGGAGGACAAUCGCAAGGUCACCAACACCACGCCCUGGGAGCAUCCCUACCCGGACCUCCCCAGCAGGUUUGUGCACUGGCGGCAGGUGCUGUCGCAGCAGAGCCUGUACCUGCACAGGUACUAUUUUGAGGUAGAGACCUCCGGGGCGGGCACCUACGUUGGCCUCACCUGCAGAGGCAUCGACCGGAAGGGGGAUGAGCGCAACGGUUGCAUCUCUGGGAACGACUUCUCCUGGAGCCUCCACUGGAAUGGGAAGGAGUUCACAGCCUGGCACAGUGACACGGAGACCCCGCUCAAAGCCAGACCUUUCCGGAGGCUGGGGAUCUACGUCGACUUUCCGGGAGGGAUCCUGUCCUUCUACGGCGUGGAGUCUGACGCCAUGACUCUGGUUCACAAGUUUGAGUGCAAGUUUUCGGAGCCGGUCUACCCUGCCUUCUGGCUUUCCAAGAAGGAAAACGCCAUCCGGAUCAUGGAUCUGGGAGAGGAGCCCGAGAAGCCAAUGCCAACUUCAGUGCAGGCUGCUCCCUAGACUCCAGCCUCCGUCCCUCAGACUCUUACUGACCACAAAAGACGGGACAGCGGCUUGCGUCUUAAGGGUGGCCCGGGGAUGGAAAUCUCCACCACAAGAGAAAGGUCUCUGGCUUCUCCCUCCUGCUCCCUGCUGUGCUGUUCUCCCUGUUUGCAGUAAUCCCUAAGCACCUGCCUCCUCUCUCUCACCUUCUAGUGAUAGUCUCCUGUCUGCUCAGGUGCCUAGAUUCAGUAGCCGGGAACCUUCAGAGUGAUCCCAAAAGAUUGCAGAGUAAUCAGAAUAGAUCGCAAGCUCUGUGCUGCACGUCUGGGUGCCGUGAGGCCGUCAUGAACGCACUUAACCUUCACAGCAGCUCAUAUCCUCCUCUUUUGCAGAUGGGGAAACUGUGGUUCGGGCGGGGGUGGGGGGGUGGUGGUCAGUUAACUUGCUCAAAGUCAUUGUGAUCACAUGGUGAACAAGUGGCAGAGCCGGGACUCAAACCUGGGCAGGUCGGUGCUGAGAUUUUAACCAGUCCCCCACGCUGCCCUCCUCAUUAGAUCAUGGGUAUCGUGGGUAAGGGAAUAAGCCACAUGAUGAACUCCACGGCAUGGACCCCGAGUGUCUCGAACCUUCAGUGUCUUAGCAUCCACUCCGUCUGGCUGGGCCACUCAGCUGCGUAGUGGCAGUGACCUCACUACCUCACACAGCAGCUCAUCGUAGUUUUGGAUAGUGAAGAUUAGAAGAAAUGUCUUUAAAAAGUUUUUUUUGAUGUUUAUUUAUUUUUGAGAGAGAGAGGGAGAGCGCAAGUGGGGGAGGGGCAGAGAGAGAGAGAGAGGGAGACACAGAAUCCGAAGCAGCUCCAGGCUCUGAGCCAUCAGCACAGAGCCCGAUGCGGGGCGGGGCUUGAACUCAUGAACUUCGAGAUCAUAACCUGAGCCCAAGUCAGACGCUUAACCGACUGAGCCAUCCAGGUGCUCCCAGAAGAAAUGUUUUAAUAAAGUCCAAGUCCUAGUCCCUGUGACCUCCGAGGAGGGGUCUCCCCUUGACUAUGUGGACUUGUCUGAUUUCUCAUUCAGAGGACAGACCUUCAACUGUAUGAAGGCAGUUCUCACGCACGUCCUCCAAGGAAGUUUGUUUUCACCCUAUGUUUCCCACUUUUCCUUCAUAACUUCUGGGUCUUUUCCUAUGACCUGUGUCAAGGCAAGUUAUCGUCCUCUUUGACAGUCUGAUGGUCCCUUGACUUGUUUCCAGAGACCCCGUCCUAUGUUUGUAUCCAAGGAUCUAUACAGUGGAGGAUUAGAAUUUUCGAGAAUUUUCGGAAUUUUGUAACAUUGGAAUUUAUUGAGUUCAUUUUUUAUUUGAAUUUAAAAUAUUGUUGCAUCGUUGCUGCUUCCAGAGAUACCUUUGAUUCACGAUUCUGCGUCCCAUAGGCUGGCACUCCUUCCGAGCCUAGUGUCACCCAUGGAACUGGUGAACUUUUCUUCUGAAGUGUUAAUCUUGUGGAUCCAUAUUGAUUAGGGUAAGGCUAAAAUACGGAAUCUCGCAGCCCCUGGUCAAUACCUUUUGGGUGUAGUUAUUCAAUAAGUUAUGUUUUGGGAGAACUGUAUACAGCUGUAGCCAACUUUUAAAGCCCUCUUUUAGUCCUUUGUCCACCAGACACCCGGAAGGACUUUCCCAGUGGCACAAAUCAAGACAUGUCCGCAUUUCCUUGCUCACCUGCCUCACAAUGCUCUCGAAAGAGAAAACGAGAUCAGCCUGGCCAGUUUUUACCGAACCACUGAGGUUUGUUGGUAUUGGCUGCUUUAUUUUCUAAAUGCUCACCGACUCCUUCAUUAAACCACUUUAGGAUUCUGCCGUGAGUUCACAUCCAAGUGGGUGAGUGUGUUCUUUCCAGAAUCUACCUUAUUUUUCUCUUUAGAAAUUAAGACAUUUUUACGUGUCCCCAUCCUCUACACUUUUCUUAAUGUCUUGAAGGUUACCGCCUGGCUUUUGGUCACAUCGGUAAACUGGGUCAGGGUCAUGAGAUGUAAUUUGUUUAAGUCAGAAUGCUUGAGCUCUUAUAAAGGAACCCUUUGUGACUCGAACUUCAUUUCCCAGCCAGCUCUCUUUGUCCGUUCAGUUUCAGUGUCAACACCUCCCUUCUUGAUAUGAAAGAUCAAAACAGGGGCAUCUGGGUGGCUCCCGUCAGUUGAGCGUCUGACUCUUGAUUUUGGCUCAGGCCAUGAUCUCAGGGUUGUGAGAUCAAGCCCUGCUUCUGGCUCCUCGCUGGGUGUGGAAACUGCUUAAGUGUUCUCUCUUUCCUUCUCCUUCUGCCCUUCCUCUGCUCCCCCCCCCCCCCCCCCGCCACCGCCACCAAAAAAAAAGAUCAAAGCAAAACUGAGUGUUAGAAAUACCUACUUUCUUUCUGUCAUUGCCUCAACUGAUGGGUAUAUCUUUUUUCUUACUCUUGGUCCCCAAACUGAAAUUGCCUAAAACAAACAAAUUAAAAAAACAAAAACAAAAACAAAAGCAGGGCCUAUUUUAUAUUCCGUCAUUUCCCCAAAGCCGUGUGAGUGUGGGGCACUCUUCCGUAUUUACCUACAUUUAUUUCCUCUUCCAUUGUGUAGACGCACUUGGAAACACAAUCUGAACUCAUCAGGAGCUCCUUUUGGUGCGUGAUUGUUUUGUUCCAUUACUAAACCGUUUUUGUGAGCGUAGGGUCAGAAUGCAAUUUUAGCCUCUACGUAAUUUAUUCUUGUCUCAACUUUUUGAGGUUCAAGUGCCCAUGGCAUUCUUUUCCAGGAACGUUAUGGAAUCUGAGUCGAUUCCCACAUCCUCCCAAGAUCCAUGAUGAAAUGAUAAGAUACAAAUUUGGGCCCAUUCGUGGAACCCUUCUUUCUUUAACAUGGUCAGCAUGUUUUUGGAAUGACCGUCCUCAAAUCAAAUUGAUUCAACAUAUAUGUCGAAAUAUAUGUUAUAUAUUUAUAACAUGCAAGCUGCUGGGCUGGGCACUAAGAUAUAGCGACCCAGAAGAUAAGCAGCUGUACCCUUGGAUCACAGAAGUUGAUUUAACAUUGAAGUGAACGGGCACCUGGUUAAGCCUCCAACGCUUGGUUUCAGCUCAGGUCAUGAUCUCACGGUUUUGUGAGUUCGAGCCCCACGUCAGGCUCUGCACUGACAGCUCUGUCUCCCUCUCUGUCUCCCUCUCUCUCUGCCCCCUCCCUACUCGCCCUGUCUCUGUCUCUCACAAAAUAAAGAAAUAAACUUAAAAAAAAAUUGAAAAGUGAAAAGUGAAUCUGAAGAGCUGAACAGCAAUCCACGAUUCAAGACAAUAAGAGAUGAGGCAGUAUUUCCUCCCUCAUUUCCUUACCUGAUAUACUGCUUCUAAUGUGAUGUUUUCUCAGGCCAUCUUGAGUUUUGAAUUGUGUUGUUGACUGACCAUCUAUCGGAUUGCUCCCCGUCUCUACAACCAACUGUCCCCAUUUCGGGGGUCACCACUCCAGCCCCAUUAGCCAAAGACAGAAGUGGAAGAAAUAGUAGCCUGCACAUUUCGUGCUUCUCCUAGGUCCAUCCGAUUUGAGCAGGACUCCCCUCCCUCCACACCCACGAUGCGUCACAGUGGUGGUGGGGCAGGAGGGUCACCAUAUCCUGUGUAGCUGAUAUCCACAUGCAGGGGACACCGUGUAUGGCUCAGGUAGAAUGACCGGCCAGCCAGUCUGUGCUGGGACAUGCUUAGUCUUUAUCUUUAUUUCUGGUUUGUCUGUGGUCUUGCUGAGAAAACCCACGGUCUCCCUGAAGGGAGGCCACCAGGUUCUG